CCUGCGCUUCUCUAGAUGCUCAACACCUGCUCACUGUGGCAAUCUACCAACAGGCUUUACUACCCACCAAUGGUUGUUCAAGUGAAACCACGCACUCGCUACAGCAGCAAAACCAUGGAAGGCAACCAGCAGAAAGUGGAGGCCAACAUUGUGUUACUUGGAGCUGAGAACGUUGGAAAGUCUGCUCUCACCGUGCGCUUUCUAACCAGGCGCUUCAUAGGAGAAUACGGUGACAUAGAAUCAAUAUACAGCCACACUGACAAGAUCGACGGGCGUGAUAUUUGUUUCAACAUAUGGGACUCCCUUUGUCCGCAGAAUGGAGAGGAGUCAGGAUAUAUCAACGACAGACAGCUGCAGUGGGCAGACGGUUAUAUCCUUGUUUACAGCAUCUGUGACCGCGCCAGCUUCAAUGUGGUUCGGCAACAAGUGCAGUGCAUACGACAAGCCAAGCAAAAACUGGCCAGCACAGCUCAGAUCAUCAUUGUGGGGAAUAAGCGAGACCUCCAGCACAGACGUACAGUGUCUAGUGAAGAGGGGCGGCUGCUGGCGCUCUCGACGGACUGUGGGUUUUUUGAGGUCUCCGCUGCAGAGACGUACCACGGUGUGCUGAUGGUGUUUCACGAACUGUUUGAGCUCAUCCGAGAGGCCAGGGCUCUCAAAAAGGGCCCCGCAGGGUUCAAAGGAAUCGUGAGGAGCAUGUCGGCAGUAUUCGGAAGAAAGCGGACUGAAUAGUUUCCCCUCAAAGCGGUGGAAGAAUCCGGGUUAAACCCUUUUAUGGAAUCCAUAUUGGAGCAAAGACUGACUAUUAAUCUAAACUGGAUUUUUGCAAAUUGACCGUCUUCUAGGGUUGUUCACGAAGUUCUGUCUGUACUGUUUUUAUUUCCUGAACCGACAUCUUUGGCCAUUGCAUUGCUGUUUUUUGGCAUCUCACACCAGGAGCAUCACUAAGUCGCCUGUCAAAAGUAGUUCAUCUUUAUCUCCCAGAUCCAUUUUCCUUCUGUUUUGGAGUGCAGAAACAUGUUCUGUGUGAAUGUUCUAAGAAUGUUCAAAUUAGAUCUAACUAUACAACCACAUCUUAUUGCUCACUGUUUCUCAAUAUAUUAAACUGUCAAUUCUUUCUUUGUACUACAAUCAGUUUUACUGUAGCUAAUAAGUGCAAUUGAUGGCUCAAUCCUUCUUGGUCCCUAUGCAAUUAAAUGAGAUCGAUUUGUAAAAUGUGGCCUCUAGCAUGUGAUCUAUGAAUAUAGUAAUGUAGCAUUUUUGUUUAAAAAUGUUCAUAUUUACAUUUUCCUGCACGAAGUUGCCCAUGCAUUAGGGUCCUAUAAAGUGCUGUAGUCAUAAAAGUGGUGUGGUUGAAUGUUGCAUUUCAACAUGAUGCCAAGUUUUGCCUCUGAAGUCCUGUUUCAUUUGAUGCAUUGGUGAUACAAACUGUCAAACAUAGAUUGGUGUGUGUGUAUAUAUUGCAGAUGUAAAAACAUAUGCUUAUAUUGUUUUAUAAUAAACCAUGAGAAAAAUGUAAA